GUUUGAAAAUUCAAAAAUUCAAAAUUCAAAAUUUUUUUCAUUUGUCAUUAUCAAUCAGACAGAAAAAAUGGCUGAAAAUGUCAGUUUUCAUCGAAUCAUUCAGUCGUUCAUCACGAAUCUUCGUGUCAGAAAGACAUCAAACAAGUGCCUUUCAUCCAAAGCAGACAUUCAAUUCAGCGAAAUUCAAUUCAACGGAAACGAAACGAAAUUCUUCAAAAAAAAAAUGUGCUGGGAAACUGAACGCAGAGAAGAAAUGUGGUGUUGUGCUGCAUCGGUUGCAUUUUUCUGUCCACCAUUAGCCGUAUUAUUAUUACAUGGUUGUGGAAUGGAUUUCCUACUAUGUUGUAUACUGACAUUUUUCUGUUAUAUUCCUGGAUUUUUACAUGCAUUAUGCAUAGUAUUCUGUCCGGAUCGUAUAAAUCCAAAGAAAAAAUUUCAAAUGACCGAGCAAGCAUGUCGCGAACGUGAAAAAGCCGAAUAUCUUAAUCGUGCCCGUGAACGUGAAGAAGCUGCUAUUCGACAAGCUGCAGCUAUUCAGCAACCAUCGCCAACAUCUCCAGAAUCCCCACCAUCCCCACCACCGCCACCACCAGUAUUGCCGGAAAUUUCUCGACCAUAGAAUCGUAUGGAUUUCCAGAAAAGUUUUCCCGAAAUGUUUUUCCAGUUUUUCACAAUUAUCAUCAUCAUGACGAGUAAAUUUUUGAAAAAAAAUUCAAAAAAUUCAAAAAAAAUUUAAAUAUCUGCCCUGUCAUUCAAUC